AUGGAUACAUUUUCACAUGUCCCUCCUGGUUUCAGAUUCCACCCUACCGAUGAAGAACUUGUUGAUUACUACCUCAAGAAAAAAGUUGCUUCCAAAAGAAUUGAUCUAGAUGUCAUCAAAGAUGUAGAUCUCUAUAGAAUUGAGCCAUGGGAUCUCGAAGAAUUAUGCAAGCUUGGGACUGAGGACCAAAAUGACUGGUAUUUCUUCAGCCAUAAAGACAAGAAGUAUCCAACCGGAACUCGCACAAAUAGAGCUACAAAGCAAGGAUUUUGGAAGGCUACUGGAAGAGACAAGGCUAUAUAUUCCAAGCAUAGUUUAGUUGGGAUGAGGAAGACCUUGGUGUUUUAUAAAGGUCGUGCUCCGAAUGGAAUGAAAUCAGAUUGGAUUAUGCACGAGUAUAGACUAGAAACAGAUGAAAAUGGACCUCCUCAGGAAGAAGGAUGGGUCGUGUGUAGGGUGUUCAAGAAGAGAUUAACAACAGUAAGGAAGAUGGAUGAGCACGAGCCACUAUGCAACUGGUACGAUGAUCAAGUCUCGUUCAUGCCAGAUUUUGAAUCUCCGAGGCAGAUAAGUCACGAGCCUUAUACAGCAUUCCGUAAUCAUCAGUAUUCUUGCAAACAAGAGCUUGAUCAGCUUCAGUAUUUUCGACCUCAUGAACGAUAUUUCCAACUCCCUCAAUUAGAAAGUCCAAGAGUCCCACAAUCUGCACCCGGGGUAAGCAGCAGCUCCGUAGUUCCAUAUGCAUUCGAGCAUUCCUCAACACUCACACAUGAAGAGCAAAUGCAACACAGCAGCCAAACACAAAACCUGAGGUCCCUCUAUGGUAGUAGCAGCAGCAACAAUCUUAUUCAUGAACAUGCUGUGGAUCAAGUGACUGAUUGGCAGGUACUGGACAAAUUCGUCGCUUCACAGCUCGGUCAAGAUAACCAAGAUGCUACAACUAAUAACGAGACAACAUGCUCGAAUGAUCAAGUGCUGGACCACAUAAACAUGUUAUGCAAUGACUUGAAGAGGACAGAUGAUCAGGCAGCUUCCGAAAGCAACUCGCUAUCAGCCAUGAGUUGUCAAAUUGAUCUGUGGAAGUAAGAACAUACAUAAUCCUGGCCCUUUAUUUAGAGGGAGUGUAGAAGCAUUUAUAUAUAUAUUCAUUUGGAGAUAUGAAGUGCAUGCAUGCAGCAGUUCUAUCAUAUGUGCAGUAAUUAUGAAGCAUACAACCUUAUUAAGGGAAAUAUUCUCAUCCAGUUGCUGUAAAUAAUAAAACCAGUAUGUUGACAGCUUGUAUUAAUGGCUGUUCAAGACAUCUAUAUCAUGUGUUAUAAUGUAUACAUUUGUAAUUAUCUGUUUCAUGUUUCAAGUAAUUUCUCCUGCAGACUAAUAUUUUUCCUGUAACCAUGAGUUGUAUGGCUGACUGUUUUUAUAAUUUUCUUGAUUGUAACCCAACACAUUGUUUUUGAUUUUCUUAUCAUCAUUUUUUCCCCACUGAUGGGAAAUGUAAUGAAAUAUAUAUACUAUGGUUUUCAAGCUUGUA